AAUCGGAUGUAAACGGAACUCUUCUUUACAAAGAGAUUCGACUAACAUCAUGGCGCUGAUUUGAAAAGCGGAAAAUGUCCUGGAUAUAAUAACCUGAAGUAAACAGAAACAUGCCAGAGUGGAUCGUCUGAACAUAAUGGAACAUAACAAAGAAAAUGUUUCUCCAAAAGGUUUAAAUGUUCAAUAUGGCGUUGGCGGUGAUGGGUUUGCCAUACCUAAGGCUCCAAGCAUCAAUGAUUUUACAAUCCUCAAGCCAAUCAGCAGAGGGGCUUUUGGCAAAGUCUUUCUGGGAUGCAAAAAGAACAACCACAAAAAAUACUAUGCAAUUAAAGUGAUGAAGAAAGCUGAGAUGGUCAACAAAAAUAUGGUCAAUCAAGUGAUUGCAGAGAGAGAUGCCUUGGCCUUGACGAAGAGUCCAUUUGUAGUGAGGCUUUUCUAUUCGUUACAGUCAAAGCAGAAUAUAUAUUUGGUGAUGGAGUAUCUGAUUGGGGGUGAUGUCAAGUCCCUGCUGGCUGUGUAUGGCUACUUUGAUGAAGACAUGGCCACAAUGUACACUGCUGAAGUAACAUUGGCUCUGGAAUAUCUCCACAACCAUGGCAUCACACAUAGAGACCUCAAGCCGGAUAACAUGCUGAUAUCUAAUGAAGGACACAUCAAGCUGACUGAUUUUGGUCUGUCGAAUCUCUCCUUGAACAGACAGAUAAGCAUUGGUGAUGUACUGAAUACUCCAUCCUUUGCCAAGCACAGCGCCAGAGGCAAGGACUUCUACAGGACACCAGGACAGGUGCUCUCAUUAACCAGUUCCCUUGGAUUUACCACUCCAGAUCCCAACAGAAGACACAGCCUCUCAUAUUCUGACAGUCCUCUUCUGCGCCCACGUGCAUCUCGAAUGAAAAGCUCUGUAGGGGGCAGUGGUGUUUUUGGGUCUGGUGCUCAAUCCAGCAUUUUUGCAACACCCACAGAGAGGAGGAACAGUAUCCAACUAGCUCGAAUGACACCACCAGUGCAGAGCCUGACGCCUACUAUGAAGGAAUCUCAAAAUCGUAAAAAUUCCAUCACAAGUGAACAUGGCCACAUGACUGGCCAUGGUAGGAGAAAUUCACGUACCCCAGCCUUAAUAGGAUUUCGAGGUCGACUAGAUUCCAUUCUUGGUUCCCCGGAUGUAUCUCAGCAAAGGACAAGCAGUGUCGCUUCUCAUGUGAAAGGACCUGAACCUGCCUUAGCAACACCUCUAUCAGCCUCACUUGGCAUAUCAGCCUCACUGGCCAGCGCUUCAGAAAUGAACAGCACACCACAGCUGUUCAAGAGCAACUCGUCCAUAAAAAAUUCUUAUUCUGCCAAGAAUUUAAGGAGCAUGAGGGAUGGGUCUUUUGAAGAAGAGGAAAAUGAAGAUGACCCAGACUGUGACACUGCUGGUCAUGCACAAGUGCAUUCACCCAUUUCUAACCUUGAUGUUUUAGAUGAAGUGUGUGAUAACUCCCAAAUUGCAGACAAUGAAUUUGUGACACCUCAUGGACAAAAUGAAGGAGAACAGGAUCUCCACAUAUUGCCAGAUUCAAAUUUACCAAAAAUGCCAAGUGCUGUAGAGCAGCAUACAGACAAAGCAAAUGGACAACAGAUAUCUCCCACACAUUCCCAGAAUUCCCAUUUAAACACCAAAACUCCCAAUAAAGAAGCGUCUUCCUCCAUGCUUCUACAAGUCCCUAGUGACAGAGACAAAUUGGACAUGAUAAGUGGCCCAGGAGGAAGAAAAAGAAGCUUUGACUGUGUAGAAAAGAGCCCCUUAUCAAAGGCAGACCUUUUGGUUCUGUAUGCUGUCAACCACACAGGCCUCACAACAGAAAUUCACACCAUGGUCCUUCAUGGGGAUGAGCAUAGGCUGAAAAGGUGCAAUUCUCUGAAAUUUGAGGACCAUCAUGAAAGCACUCCUAUGGACACACACACUUCUCCCUUGCACGAGUCCAAGAGUGACGGUGUGCUUUAUCAACACAGCAGUGACAGUGCUGAGUUGAGUUCAUCUAAUUACACUGCUGAUUAUGGACCUUCUGAAGCAAGUAGUAGUGUGUUUUUUAUAGGAUCCAGUCCAAGCUCUUGCUGGAAGCCAAAACUGUUAGCCAGUAGUGCAAUAGGUUCAGCUACAUCAGAUUUCAGUGCAAUAGAAACUGCCAGAGUUGGAAACUCAAUAGAAAACAGCCGCUGUAUUAGUGAUUUUCAGGCUUCGUCAGUGCUCAGCAGCAUAGCUACUGCAAGUGACUAUAAAUACAGUGCAUCCCAUUAUACUACAGAGAGUAGUGUAUUUGAGUCUAUGUAUUCUACACCUGACAAAGCUUUUCAGCUCAACACCCAAAGUGUAAUACUCUGUGAAGAAACACAAGAUCACAACAACAGUGUCUGUUCUGUAUCUAGUCUUGAGCAUGACGCCUCCAUUGAAACUGCAUCUUUAGCAGACAGCAAAUCUGUUGGUGUAUUGAGCCCCCAGUCAAUACCAGAAAGUAUAGAACUUGAGGCACAGGAGGAGCACAAUUUAGACUCCAGUCACGAUCUAAGCCAUAGUUUUCAAGAGUUGUCCACUGAGGAAAAGUUGACUGGAGAGACAAGUGGAGAGGAUAAGGAGAUUGAGGUGAAACCUGUAGAAGGACACCCUGCCAGGAAGAGAUGUGAAAGUAACUCUGAGCCCUGCCCGCACACCUGUCCAAUGACCGAAAAAUCCACAAAGAAGAAGAAUGCUCAUUUUCUGGAUGUGCCUGACUUAAGGAGUGAUGAUGAUGAUGGGUUUGGCAAACACUCCACCAUGAUGUACACUCCUGGACCUAAACCAGCACUGAGAAGGGGUUCUUUCAUGACUCCAGGGCAGCCAGGUUUUCCACCUUUUCGCACUCCUAAAAGUGUUAGACGCGGCCCAGCACAAGAGAAGCAGAGAAUUCUGGGAACUCCUGAUUAUCUUGCACCUGAACUUUUGCUGCAGAAAAAGCAUGGUGUGGCUGUGGACUGGUGGGCUUUAGGUGUGUGUUUGUUUGAGUUCCUUACAGGAGUGCCUCCCUUCAAUGACCAAACUCCUGACCUGGUGUUUGAAAAUAUCCUUAACAGAGACAUCCCAUGGCCUGAGGAGGAAGAAGCUCUCUCAGAGAAUGCACACACUGCCAUUGAUGCAUUACUGAAUACAGAUCCUGAUAAAAGACCAAAAGCAAAUGAAGUGAAAGAGCACCCCUUGUUUGCUGGGAUAGACUGGGAAAACUUGUUGCAGCAAGAACCUCCAUUUGUACCAGCCCCAGAUGAUGAACAGGACACUACAUACUUUGAAGCUCGUAACAACCUGCAGCAUCUCCAAGUUUCUGGCAUUGACCUGUAGAUGGCUCUCUGCCAAGUGGUGACAUUUUCUAUUGGUAGCACAACAUAUUUUUGUAUAUUGUUGUACAAGAGAAGAUUUGAAACUUUAUAUUAUACAGAAUUGUCAGAAAAUAACUGUAUAUUACAGCAUUGGUUGUGGUGUAUUUAAAUUAUUUCUUAGCGUAUUUUUGUUACUUAGUUGCCAUGGAUAGAACUGGUGGAGAAAUUAUAGAAUUACCAACUUUAAAAAACCUAGCAAUGCCAAGAUACUGAAGUGCAAAUUGAUCUUCCCUUAAUAAAAAUAAGGUUGUGCAAUAUUUGAUAUUUCUGACAAAUGUUAUUAGAAUGAUGUCAGCAUGUAUUUCGAUCAAUUUCUGGGAAGUAAUGUUUUUUAAGCAAACUUUUUCUUUCUAAUAAGAUUUGCGUCAAUUCACCAAAAUACUGGGUUGAAAAAAUUAUGGUUGUUUGCUAAAUAUUGAUCUGCAUUCCAAGGGUCUUUUUAUUUUUCAAUGUCAAGGUUU